GGCAGCUCGUGGGGGUCUCCAGGGCGAGGGUGGGGGUCUGGGCUCCAGAGUGAAGUGAGGGGGGUGACACGAGGCCUUGUCCCUGCAGGCAACCCUCCCCCUCCAUGGGGUCAGGUGUGCCUGAGCUUGGGCAGUGGGGGAGGAAGGAGAUCACGUGGCCUGGAGCCCGCACUCCUGUCUCUCGGCCCGCCGGCUCAUCCCUGGGCCACACUGAGGGAUCAGCUCACCUGGCAGUUGCCCGCGGGCUGGGUUCGGGAGCGGUAGUGCAGAGGGGCUCUGGGCACCAACCCUCAGCCUGCCCGGCUCUGGCCCUUGUGGCAGUGGAUGGCACUGGCAGGCGGCUCCGGCCCAGCCACCCAUCCGGGCUGCAGAGGGGAGCCGGUCUCCACAAACCGCUCCUUACUCAGCUCACUGCCACGGGUGGGCCCUGCCACGCCGCCGUGUCCACCUUGCUGGCAGCACCCUGUGGAAUUCCCCAAAGGUGGCCCCGAGGAAGUGCCUCACCUGUGUGGUCGGAGGGAAAUUCCGGCGCCGCCCCCACCUGAAACUUCUCAGCUGACGACUCAGCAGAUCCUCCGGCUCAGGCUGGUGGGAGCUGCAUGUGUGUCUAUGCUGAGUGGCGCAGAGGUGACAUGCGUGUGCUGCUGUAGAUAGGCACGAGUGAGCAACAUGUGUCGUGUAUCGAUGAGCGUACUGUGGACGCGUUUUACUGUAUGCACCCUUGCACAUGCCUACAGUAUAUGUGCUCAGUUGCACCGUGCACACGUGUGCGCAUGUCUGUCAUGUGCCAGGAGUCCAGGGCCCCUGGGAAGAGGCAGGCCGGUGGGGCCGGUGCAGGUCUCAGGGUGUGGGCCUCCUGUUCACGUCCGCUGAGUUUCUCCUCAGAGGCUCCCGCACCCACGUUCCGUCCACAGGAGUGGCCCGGGGAUGGCCGUACAGCCCCCUGCAGCCGUCCAGGCCAGGGCCGGCUUUCAGGGUGGGGGCACCUGAAUCCCCAAGUCCCUGUGUCUCAUCCUGCCUGCACUUGGACCUGGAGCCUGUGUCCACACGGGGGCUCCGCACAGGCGGGCCCUGACUCCCACCUCCUGCAUAACCACGGGCUCUGCCCACUCCCAGCUGCCGGCCACUCGUGUGUCCCUAUUCCACCAGGGCGCUUCAGACAGGGGUCAGAGGUCAGAGGUCUCUUCCCUAGGGGUGUCUGAGGCUCUCAGGCUGAGGACCCCCUGGAUGGUGGCACCAGAAGGCCCCUGUGAAGGGCACCCAGACUCCCCCGCCCAUCAGUGGCACCAGCCUCGAGGAGCAUGGGUGCGCUUCAGGGUUCCCACCCCCAAGUUCUCCUUUGUCCCUCCUCCUCCCGCCCUCCCCUCUCCGCAGCCCUUAUAGCCACAUCCUGCAAGGAAAAACCCAACACACCGCCCUGACCGCACACUCAGCACCACAGGAAGGAUGCAGGUGGCCAGGGGGCUGCCCGGGGCACCCGGCACAGCCCCCCGGCUCUUGCAGGUCCUGCUCUUGGGGCUGCAGCUGGCCGAGGGGGUCGGGCUGCAGUGUACCGGGGCCACCUACCCGAGGGGCAGCAGGUGCUGCCGGGAAUGUAAGCCAGGCUUCGGCAUGAAGAAGCGCUGUGACGCCAACGAAGACACGCAGUGUCAGCCGUGCGAGCUCGGCUACUACAAUGAGGCCUUCAACUACCAGCCGUGCCAGCCCUGCACGCAGUGUUUCCACCGAAGCGGCAGCAGGACGCAGCAGGAGUGCACGUCCACGCGCGACACCGUCUGCAGCUGCCAGCCAGGCAUGCAGCCCCGACUCGGAUACAAGCUGGGAGCGGACUGUGUCCCCUGUCCCCCAGGACACUUCUCCCCCGGUCAUCACCAGGCCUGCAAGCCCUGGACCAACUGCUCCUUGGCAGGAAAGCCUACCCUGCAGCCAGCCAGCAGCAGUGAAGACAGCAUCUGUGACGACAGGAAUGCCACAGCCACACAGUCCGCAGACACCCCCAGCCCCACGAGCACCCAGAGCUUGCCCUCCCAGAGUCCCUCCAGCCCCUCCAGAGAGCCCCCGAAGGGGCUGUUCCCGGCAGGCCGCGCUCUGGCUCUGGGCCUGGGCCUGGGUUUCCUGGCCUCUGGGGCUGCUCUGCUGGUCCUGCUCCUGCACUGCCGGCUCUGGAGGCGGCUGCCCGGCACCCCCAGCUCCCAAGGUGGAAACAGCUUCCGGACCCCUGUCCAGGAGGAGCACGCAGACGCCCACUCCAGCCUGGCCAAGAUCUGAGCCUGCGUCCCCUGGGACCUUGGGGCGUGGGGCCCCCCCGCUGCACUGUUUUAAGUGCCCCUGGGCCUCUGGGGCCCACCACA